CAGGGAUCACCGUGUCUACGGGUACAGUCUUCAAUGAACACCGGUAGUACACAGACUAAAUUUGUCCCACAUUAGCGUCCCCUUCACCUGGUCUGUAAGCGCCAGCAUACCUUACCUAUCCAUACCUGCAGGUUGCUGUAUACACAAGCAUCAUGGGGAAGAUGGACAAAUGUAGGGCGUGCUAUAACUGUCGGACAUUGUGGAUGGCUGUGUUAGUGCCAGUGGCCCUGCUUCCACUGCCGAUUAUCAACCCUAGUGAGGUAUCCCGAUGUGGCUACUGUCUGUUGGUGAUGGCUUUCUUUUGGGUCACAGAGAUAAUCCCUCUGGCCGUCACCUCUCUUCUACCAAUAUUUCUCUUUCCACUGUUUGGCAUCAUGUCCGCUAAAGAUACUUGCAUGAGCUAUGCCAAGGAUACGCUCAUGUUGUUCAUGGGGAGUCUCAUCGUCGCAGUUGCUGUAGAACGCUGGAAACUGCAUAAACGUAUUGCACUGAGGACGUUAUCGCUCGUUGGUCCUCAACCUAAAUGGUUGCUGUUUGGGAUCAUGCUGCCAUGCUGGUUUCUGUCAAUGUGGAUGAGCAACACAGCCACGGCCGCUAUGAUGAUGCCGAUAGUUAAUGCCAUUCUGGAGCAAAUCAAACACACCCGACAUCAGCAUGAAACAGAUGGAACAGAGGAAACAUCCAUCGUCAUGCAAAGCCGAGAUCCUACACACGUAAAGGUGGAGCUGGAUGCCAGCUUCAAAUCCUCAGAAGUCAGAUCAACCCUGGCCAUUGAAGAAGAAAGCCGAUUGUCAGUGAAUGAAAAGAGACAAUCAAUCGAUAAAGAAUUCACCUGUCUUGCAAAGUCUUUUAGUCUUUGCGUUGCUUUCGCGGCUAACGUGGGAGGUAUGGCGACAUUGACCGGGACACCACCUAAUAUCAUCUUCAAAGGGCAAGCCGAUCUGGCUUUUUCUAAAGCUGGUGGAUCGGAAGUGAACUUUGCCAACUGGCUGGUCGUAGGACUGCCAAUAUCAGCUGUUUUGUUCGUGUUUGUUUGGGGAUGGCUUUACAUGUACACUGUGAGAACAAAGAUUCUCAAAUGCUGCCAGAAAGACCAGGAUUCCUACGACUCGGUUAGAAACGUUAUCAGGAAAGAAGCUGAUAAACUCGGUGCAAUGACAUUCCCAGAGGUGAUUGUGUUGGUUAACUUUAUCAUUUUGGCUUUGCUGUGGGUUACACGGAAACCUGGUUUUAUCCCUGGCUGGGGAGACUUGCUGAAGAAAGGAUAUUCAGGUGAUUCUGUUCCCGCAGUUAUGAUAGCUACCUUACUCUUUAUACUGCCAGCAAAGAUCCCGGGCGAUCGGUCAGUUCAAGCACAAGGCUAUCAGCCUAUUCUGACAUGGAAAGCUGUGAACGAAAAGAUGGCAUGGGGUGUGUUACUGCUGAUGGGAGGAGGCUUUGCUCUAGCGGAUGCCUGUCAGCGAUCAGGACUGUCUCGGUGGAUUAGUGGUCAUCUCUUAGAGAUGUCUUCACUCGAACCAUGGAUCAUCGCUAUGGUCUUAUCAAUCAUCAUUUCACUGGCAACACAGGUGACCAGCAAUGCAGCAACAGCCACACUCUUCCUACCAAUAGUUGGGGAACUGGCAACUACAAUGGGCCUUAACCCCCUGUAUUUCAUGAUACCCUGCACGUUGUCUACGUCCCUUGCUUUCCUGUUGCCAGUGGCAACACCACCAAACGCUAUUGUGUUUGCAUCUGGAUACUUACAAGUAAAAGACAUGGUUCUCGUUGGUUUGGGCGUCAAUAUAUUUUCCUUGAUUGUUGUCAACUGUGCCCUCAACGCGUGGGCUGUUCCCUUCUAUAAGCUCGAUGUGAUAUCGGAUAUUUCGACCAUGAACAGAACACUUGGUCCCAAUGUAACAACAAGGAUGGUACUCGAUCUCACCCUGCCUCCAUGAUAUAUCACACGGCUGUGUUUUAACAACACCGUUUCAGUUAACCAGAAAAUACUUGUACUUAUUCGUGUUUGGCUGGAGCAUAAACUUCCAUAACACCUUUCUUGAUAUUUAAUAUGUUAUCUUAGAAAAUAUUAUUUUUCAUUUAUUGGAAACAUAUCACUUCUAGUGUAAAAUAUGAGUUGUUAAAUCCUGUUGUCCUAUUUCAGUUACCAACUACAUUUACAAUAAAAAGUCAUGUGAAGCAAGAUAUGAUUCAAUAUAAAGUAACUGGUUAGAUAAACAUAAAUACAUAAACUACUAUUGAAACAUGCUUUUCAUAUACAUAAACUCAAGCAACUAUUGCAAAUGGAUGGGUCUAUGACAGUUAGAACCCACAAGUUCUUCAAAUUGCCUUGAAACGUUCGGACAAACCAGAAAUACCAUUUGGUAAAGAGACAAGUACCGAAUGGUCUUGAAUUUAUGAUUUGCGAGCAAUGGAAUUGAUGCCAUAAUUUAAGUGAGAUUCUCAGACAAAAUAUCAGGAAUUAUCAAGAGUUUCAUUUUCAAAUACGAAAAGCCCUUUAUCCACGUUGUUCAAUUAUAAAGAAACGUGUUGCAGAGCGUGGACUUGGCUGCGGGUUGUUGUCGUUGGUUUGAAUUGCCAUAAACCCUAUUUAAAUGUCAGGCUGUCCUACAUGAAACGUGUGUACAUGUAGUUGUUACCACUGACAAAGCCUCAAAUAACCUAACCAGCAUAUGUAAGCAUCAAUCAUGGUAAAGAAUUUGGUACACUCUGUUACAAGGAACAUUUCUUAAUGAUUUAACCAACAGUUAUUCAGAAACAACUACCAAUAACUGUUAUCAUGUCAACAAUUAUAAACAAAUUCCUUGUAUGUACAACCUUGUCAUAGUUUUGCUGAAUCAUAUUGUUUCCAUAUCAUUAUAAUACACUUGUUUUAAAAUGAAAUUGUUAUAAUGUACCUCCUGUGUAUGUUGAAUGUACCUGUAUGUUUUAAUUGUACCUAUUGUGCAUAUAUACUGAACCGCAAAAGAAACGUCACCAUGGAUAGAUAUGUGAGAAACCUUAUUUGUCCAAACACUGUAAACAUACUUUGAGACAUAUUAAAAAGAUGAAACUUGGCAAAACUGAUCU